GGGAGGCAGCAACUGCCUGAGCUUAGGAAUUGAACCCCGAUAACGAAUGAUCAGGCUAUUUGUGCACCCGAUGUAGGAAUUUUAGGGGUUACAAAUUAAAUUAGCAAGUGUUAAAUUAAAAAUAAGGAAGUUGAAAGAACGCGUAUUCAAUUCACUGAUUGUGAAUUAUUGUUUUUGACCGCAAUUUUUUUACUCACUUGUUUGAGGCGGACGCCCAGAGUUCUUCCCCUUCUGUUUUGAGGCUGAAGUUGUUGCGCAAGGCAAAUGUGAGAUCCACCUGCAAUCUACAGAGGAGUCUGCAAUCUACGGAGGAGCCUUCCAAUAUUUGGAUGUAUGUGCUCUGGAAUAUGAAGUGGUUUAUUUUCAGAAGGCAGGAAAAAUAAACGUUUUUCCCCCUUGUUUGGUAUUUCAGCCUCGCAUCAAUUCUUACACGGGCAGUUGAGCGAAUUUAUUUCAUAUUUUGACCACACGGAAAAUGAAAAUAUCUUUUAUCAGGGCUCGUGCAACCCCGAGAUCUCUUUGAUUCAUUAAUAAUAAACGUAAUUGGUCUCCACACUUUCAGAAAUCAGGACACAGGCAAAGUCUGGAGAGGAUGAGGAGUCGCUGGGUGAAGCAUGAGCUGCCAGGGUAUCGGUCUUAGACAGGUGCCUGUGCUGCUCUUAUGGGAGGGGGUCGCUCUGGGCCUGUUCUGCUGCUGGACUUGGGCUGGGGUUGCUGCCGCCGCGGCCGGACCCAGUGAUGACGGUGGUGCUGGGCCCAUGGGCUGGCUGCUGUCGGACAAAGGGCCCUUCCACAAUGCCCUGGAGUUCACGGAGUCUGUGGAGAGACACCAGCAGGGCUACACCACCAGAUACAAGAUCUACAGGGAGUUUGGCAGAUGGAAGGUCAACAGCCUGGCGGUGGAGUGGCGUGACAACAGUGGUGGCCUGGCUCCGCCCCUCGACCCCGACUUCAUGCACACGGUCAGGCAGCUUGGGAGGCGGCCCACACUCCGCAGGAUCACUGAGAAAAUCAUCAAGAAGUACGGGACUCACCUCCUACUGUCCGCCACGCUGGGAGGGGAGGAGUCCUUGACGAUAUUUGUGGAUAAGAGGAAGCUAAGCCGCGACCCGGAACCAUGGGCUGGAGCUGAGGGCAGCAGACACAACGGUACGGGGGCCAUGGCAGGGGCGGUGACCCUGGAGGCCCUUCACCAGCUGGCUGCCUCCUACUUCACCGACAGGGAGAGCACUCUGCGCCGGCUCCACCACCUCCAGAUUGCCUCCACUGCCAUCAGGGUGACUGAAACCAGGACGGGCCCGCUUGGAUGCAGUAACUAUGACAACCUUGACUCUAUUAGCUCAGUACUGGUCCACAGUCCAGAAAACAAGAUCCAGUUACAAGGACUCCAGGUAAUUCUACCAGCCUACCUGCGGAGUCGCUUCGUCCAGGCAGCCCUCAGCUACAUCGGCUGUAACUCGGAGGGACAGUUUGUUUGCAGGGCCAGUGACUGCUGGUGCCAGUGCGGCCCGGACUUCCCACAGUGCAACUGUCCACAGACGGACCUCCAUGCCCUGGAGAACAACCUACUGCACCUCAGGGAGGCUUGGACACUGGCCAACCAGGAGUUUGUGGAAUCAGAGGAGUUCCAAAGUUUUGCUGGAAGGUUGCCAACCCAUUACGCCGUGAACACAUCUGUCGUGGAGCACUUGUGGAGGAUGGAUGGGGGUCUGCUCCAACGCUAUAGGCAGCUGGAGACCACGAGUGGCCUGCUCCUUGACAAAGCACGUCGCGCCGCUAACAAGCUCUUCAGUCUUAGCAAGAGAUGCCGCCAUCGGCCCAGGAUAGUGCUGCAGAGGGAGAGACCCCUUCGUUACUGGCUGAGCUACAUCCUGUCCCUUCUGUACUGCAGUGAGAAUGACCAUAUCGGCCUGUACUCUGUGGAGACCCGCAGCUGCUCCUGCCCCUACCUCCACCCCCCCUGCCAGGGCCCCAUCCCCUGCUCAGUAGGAGAGGGCCCCCACUGCACCUCCUGUUCCACUGAGAACCGCACCCGCUGCUCCAGCUGCAACCCGGGCUUUACCCUGGGCCAGGGGCUGUGCCGACCCGCCGUGCCUGACCCCACGGACCCCUACCUGGGCUUGGAGAGCGACCGCGACCUCCAGGACCUGGAGCUGUGCUACCUGCUCCAGCACCGGGACCCGCGCAUCACCUUGCACGGCGUCUUCGUCAGCAACGACGUUCGCCUUAACGCCUGGUUUGACCCGUCGUGGCGGAAGAGGAUGCUGCUGACCUUGAAGAGCAACCGCUACAAGUCCAACCGUGUGCACAUGCUCCUGGGGGUGGCGCUCCAGGUGUGCCUGACCAAGAACAGCACGCUGGAGCCUGCGCUGUCCGUGUUCGUCAACCCGUUCGGGGGCAGCCACUCGGAGAGCUGGACCAUGCCCAUCGGCCAGCAUGGCUACCCCGACUGGGAGCGGACCAAGCUGGAUAUCCCCCUGGACUGCUACAACUGGACCUUGACACUGGGCAACCGGUGGAAGAGCUUUUUCGAGACAGUGCAUUUCUACCUGAGGAGCCGCAUUAGGGAUUCGGUGCCAGGCUUGGCUCCAGGGCCAGAGGUUAGGGGACACAGGAACGCUAGUACAGUGUACCUGGAAUCACCAGAGGGCACCGUGGAACCAGUGGUAGCAUCUUCAUCCCAGAACAUGGGCUACAUGAAGAUCAACAGCAUGCAGCUGUUUGGAUACAGCAUGCACUUUGACCCAGACACCAUCCAGGACCUGAUCUUGCAGCUGGACUACCCGUACACUCAGGGAUCCCAGGACUCGGCCCUGCUGCAGCUGGUGGAGAUCCGCUACAGGGUCAACCGACUCUCUCCUCCAGGGGCUCAACAGAUGGACCUGUUCUCAUGUCUGCUCCGUCACAGACUGAAACUGUCCAGCUCUGAAGUGACCAGAAUACUGGCUUCCUUACAGGCUUUCAGUGCCAGACAACCAAACUCUGUGGAGUACGAAGCAACCAAACUAUGUAGUUAAUAAUGAGCGGUGGGCAGGACCAAUGUGAUGUUUUUUCUAUUAACCCAAUCAGAGACAAUGUCUGCCACAUAAAGCUUAUAGAUUUUGUCCAAUGGGUCCAUUUGUAUCGGUGUACACUGUUCAUGGCUUUAGUUGUAUGUAAGUGUCAUUGAAUUUGAUGUUUUCUAAUCACUCAAAUCAAUCCAAUUGCUUUCAUUUGUGUACUUUUAUGAAUUUUUGGAAACAAACCAUCAAUUGGUUAUUACAUUGAUGUUAGUACAUGCACCCGACUGGAGCAUAUGUAUCAAUCCAAUUCAUCUGCUGAGGGAAGGGGAGUGAGACGCUGCAUAUGGGCUGUGUUUGUACUGACCAUCUGAAGCUGCAGAAUACAUUGUCUCACAGUGUCUCUAUUCUCCAAUGGGGAGAGAAGGCAUCCUUGGCACAGAUUACCAAGCAUAUAGUGGGGAGAUUGAGAGUAGUAGCCUCCUACUCUGUACCUGGCCGACAUUCACAUUUACUGUGAGGGAUGAGGGAGGGAAGCAGAGAGACAAACACGGGCUAGGUAUCAAUGGCCAUGAUCAGAGAUACAGUUGAAGUCUGACGUUUACAUACACCUUAGCCAAAUACAUUUAAACUCAGUUUUUCACAAUUCCUGACAUUUAAUCCUAGUAGAAAUUCCCUGUUUUAGGUCAGUUAGGACUCACCACUUUAGUUUAAUAAUGUGAAAUGUCAGAAUAAUAGUAGAGAGAAUUAUUUAUUUCAGCUUUUAUUUCUUUUAUCACAUUCCCAGUGGGUCAGAAGCUUACAUACACUCAAUUAGUAUUUGGUAGCAUUGCCUUUAAAUUGUUUAACUUGGGUCAAAUGUUUCAGGUAGCCUUCCACAAGUUUCCCACAAUAAGUUGGGUGAAUUCUGUCCCAUUCCUCCUGACAGAGCUGGUAUAACUGAGUCAGGUUUGUAGGCCUCCUUGCUCGCACAUGCUUUUUCAGUUCUGCCCACAAAUUCUCUAUAGGAUCAGGGCUUUGUGAUGGCCACUCCAAUACCUUGACUUUGUGGCCCUUAAGCCAUUCUGCCACAACUUUGGAAGUAUGCUUGGGGUCAUUGUCCAUUUGGAAGACCCAUUUGCGACCAAGCUUUCACUUCCUGACUGAUGUCUUGAGAUGUUGCUUCAAUAUAUCCACAUCAUUUUCCUUUCCUCAUGAUGCCAUCGAUUUUGUGAAGUGCACUAGUCCCUCCUGCAGCAAAGCACCCCCACAACAUGAUGCUGCCACCCCCGUGCUUCACGGUUGGAAUGGUGUUCUUCGGCUUGCAAGCAACCCCCUUCUUCCUCUAAACAUAACGAUGGUCAUUAUGGCCAAACAGUUCUAUUUUUGUUUCAUCAGACCAGAGGACAUUUCUCCAAAAGUACGAUCUUGUGCAGUUGCAAACUGUAGUCUGGCUUUUUUUAAUGGCGGUUCUGGAGCAGUGGCUUCUUCCUUACUGAUCUGCCUUUCAGGUUAUGUCGAUAUAGGAGUCGUUUUACUGUGGAUAUUGAUGCUUUUGUACCGGUUUUCUCCAGCAUCUUCACAAGGUCCUUUGCUGUUGUUCUGGGAUUUAUUUGCACUUUUCGCACCAAAGUACGUUCAUCUCUAGGAGACAGAACGCGUCUCCUUCCUGAGUAUGACGGCUGCGUGGUCCCAUGGUGUUUAUACUUGCGUACUAUUGUUUGUACAGAUGAACGUGGUACCUUCAGGCAUUUAGAAAUGGCUCCCAAGGAUGAACCAGACUUGUGGAGGUCAAACAUUUGUUUUGAGGUCUUGGCUGAUUUCUUUUGAUUUUCCCAUGAUGUCAAGCCAAGAGGCACGGGGUUUGAAGGUAGGCCUUGAAAUACAUCCACAGGUACACCUCCAAUUGACUCAAAUUAUGUCAAUUAACUUAUCAGAAGCUUCUAAAGCCAUGACAUAAUUUUCUGGAAUUUUCCAAGCUGUUUAAAGGCACAGUCAACUUAGUGUAUGUAGUGUUCUGACCAACUGGAAUUGUGAUGCAGUGAAUUAUAAGUGAAAAAAUCUGUUUGUAAUCAAUUGUUGGAAAAUUACUUGUGCUAUGCACAAAGUAGAUGCCAAAACUAUAGUUUGUUAACAAGACAUUUGUGGAGUGCUUGAAAAACUAGUUAAUGACCUAAGGGUACGUGAACUUCCGACUUCAACUGUAGUUCUCACGCGGAGCAAGAGGGAGUUGAUUUAAAGUCUCAAAGACCAUUGGGUAAAUCUUAAAUAGCACUUGUGCAGAAGUCACUAGUAGUCAAGAAAUCUAGAUUCAUAAGACAUUUUCUCCUGGGGGUAAAGGAGAGGCUUGAUUUUCUGAUAUUCUCUACUAACCACUGUUCAUAUUGAAUUUAAAGAGGAUGAGAGCUGAAGGGAUUAUGCAAUGUGAUGGUACUUUAUGGAGGUAGGGGGUAUUUUUCGACUGUGUAUAAGGGUGUUUUUCUGUAGUCUAAUAGUGAGAAGCUUGUAUAUGUUAUUUUGUGUGUUAUUUAUGCAAGACUUUUUAAAAAUCUAAUUAAAAAAUAAUCCAUCCCAUCUCUUCCCUUUGUUGUAAUUCUGAUUUAAGGGAAAGAGAAAGUGGGUAGAAACAGAAGCAAUUGAAAACACUACAAAUGACGCACUCCUUGUCUCCAAAAUAUGCAGUCGUUUAAUUUGUAAGUAAAUUGGAUUGCUUUCCAAAUUUGACAGAACCAUUUUCAGCGAGGUAAGGUUUAGAUUUCUAGUCAGUUAAAAAAAAAGGUCCUAGUUAUAUUUGCAUAUCCAAAUGAAAAGUAAAGUAAUUCAAAUCAAGGCUGAGUAAACAAACAAACAAACAAACAGCUAUGCCACCCAUGUGUAGCAUUUCAUCGACAAGGCCCAAAUGUACUUGAACAAAAAAAAAACGUUAUAAUGCUCCUUGAUUGUGGGUUUGCAACGUCCCCGGAUCGCUAACCUUUAUACGGUGUUGUCUUUCAAAAUGUUAUUUACCAAGAGGGAACCAACGUCAUUUAGUAGGGAGGCCAAUUUUUAUCUGUUGAAAUAUGUUAAUUCAAUGGUUGUUCACAACUGUCCAAUUUUGUAAACAUGGUGUUUGAUUGUGAUUGUACAGCAUAUAGGCCUAUAUCUGCCAAUGUAGAGUUUUUAAACACACAGAGACAGAGAUGAGCAUAGAAGGAUGAAGGAAACACACACACACACUGAAUGAUUAGCUGAGGCUUUGGGCUGACAGGCCAGUGGGCCUUGGAGGAAACAUGAGUUAGACUAAUGUGUGUGUCUGUUUUACAAGUGGGCUUGCGAGGGGAGGCCGGGCUGCGGGUGAAGAGGAAGAGUUUAUGGAGAGGAGUCUCUCAGGAGAGGCAUUAAAAAUAAUGUCUGACAAUCCACAGGAAGGAAUGAACUCGCCCUAGUCCACCGAGACCAAACGAGAAAUCUGUGUGUUCAUUGUACAACAGCAGUUCCUCUAUAUGAAACAGCCCUGUUGUUAAAGCUGAGCCACGCUCUACCGUGCUGGCCGGAUUAGGCAUCCACCACUGGAACCGUGCUGGCCGGGUUAGGCAUCCACCACUGGAACCGUGCUGGCCGGGUUAGGCAUCCACCACUGGAACCGUGCUGGCCGGGUUAGGCAUCCACCACUGGAACCGUGCUGGCCGGGUUAGGCAUCCACCACUGGAACCGUGCUGGCCGGGUUAGGCAUCCACCACUGGAACUGUGCUGGCCGGGUUAGGCAUCCACCACUGAAACCGUGCUGGCCGGGUUAGGCAUCCACCACUGGAACCGUGCUGGCCGGGUUAGGCAUCCACCACUGGAACCGUGCUGGCCGGGUUAGGCAUCCACCACUGGAACCGUGCUGGCCGGGUUAGGCAUCCACCACUGGAACCGUGCUGGCCGGGUUAGGCAUCCACCACUGAAACCGUGCUGGCCGGGUUAGGCAUCCACCACUGGAACCGUGCUGGCCGGGUUAGGCAUCCACCACUGGAACUGUGCUGGCCGGGUUAGGCAUCCACCACUGGAACUGUGCUGGCCGGGUUAGGCAUCCACCACUGGAACCGUGCUGGCCGGGUUAGGCAUCCACCACUGGAACCGUGCUGGCCGGGUUAGGCAUCCACCACUGAAACCGUGCUGGCCGGGUUAGGCAUCCACCACUGGAACCGUGCUGGCCGGGUUAGGCAUCCACCACUGGAACCGUGC